UAAUAAAUUAUUGUCAAGAAAAAUUACUUCGUGCCGCUUCAUUCGAUUUACCAUUGACUCUUUCAACGCAAACAUCAUCCGAAUGUCAAAAUUUGAUUCAACAAUAUUAUGAAAUGCGCCAAUUAAUUACAUUCGGUAGACUUAUCGAACAGUCUCUCGAAAAUUCUGAUCCUUCUCUUCGAGUUAUUUAUACAUAUACGCAAAUCUAUCAUACCAUUGAUAAUCUUCCCGCUAAUAUCGAAGAAGUUAAAUUGAGUGCUUUUCGAACAGAACUUGAAUUGACCAGAAAAAUUAAACGUCACUAUCAAACGUCAACAAAUAUUCGUCUUCUUCUGAUUCGCGUUGAUUAUCAUGAUGAACAUCAACAUUUUCUUUCACUAAAACAUAUUAUACAAAAUGAAUAUAUACAAUCCAGUAAUCAAAGUGUUUGGCUUAUAUUUCAUUUACAACGUAAUCUUCUCAAUCAAAUAACCAAUGAUGUUCUAUUUGGUGGUUGGUUAGUAGAUAUGAUUGAUGAUCUCAAUGAUCGAGAGUUGAUUCCUAAACACAUAUUAGAUAAUCCUUCGUACAAUGAUCUUGCUUGUCAACCAGAAUAUCGUCUAUCUGAAUGUCGAUUCGAUGGAGAUAAUCAUUUAUGUUCAUCAAAAUUUAAUUUAUUCGAUACUAUAUUUGAUGAAGUGGUUGACCGAUGCCUAUCGAAAUUUCGUUAUAUAAAUUUUCGAAAAACAGACGAAGAAAAUAUUAGCGAAAGACGUUCAAUGCUUCUUCAACGAAUUAUUGAACAUCGAAUUAAUUCAACAUCAAACGGUCUUCAUCUUCGUUCGAUCAUAAUCGAAAAUUUGAUGAUAUUAAUCAAGAAAUGCCCACCACCUGAUAAAACACGUUUUGUCGAUUGGAGACACGAUAUUCUAACAAACGUAGUUACCAUUGCAAGUUCGCGCUCAUUCUAUGAUGCAUUUCAAGUCACAAUAUCACUGUUUUACGAAGCCUAUCUAUCACUGCUAUUGGCUCAUCUUGAAAAAUAUCAGUUUUUCGAUGCCUAUUUCUUUCUUGCAAAUAAUCACGAUGAGAUCAUGCGAAAUUAUUUAUCCAAACUCUGGAUAGAUUCAUUGAAAGCAUCAUUAGAAGCAAUUGACAUGACAACAAUGAAUCUUGAUGUUAUCGAUAUUUCAUUGGUCUUUGGUCUUCGACUACCCUGUGCAGCAAUUGAAUAUGAAAACAUUCGAAAUAUUCGAAAGAAGUUAGAAGAAAGUGAUCAGCCAUUUUCAUCAGAUCAUAAUAAUUAUGAUCUUUCUCAUCUUGCUCAAAUAUAUAAAUCGGAUGAUGAGGAUGACAAACUGCUGCAGAUUAUUUUCAAUGAAAAACCGUGGUUUCAAUUGUAUUUUCGUGAUCAAAUAGCAAUGCAUUUAGCUGAAUUUAAAAUUCAACUUUCAACUGAUUUUGUUUUUGAUUUAAUAAGCAAUAAUCCAAAGCAAACAAUAAAACAACAUAAACAAUUGUUUCUUGUUGAAUAUGUUGAAUUAACAGAAAUUCUUCGUUUAUUUGAAAUAAGUUUAAAAUUAGUUAGUGAAGAAAUACCCCUAAAUAUAAUCAAAAAACAAUUGAUUAAAGCACCACAUGACGCAAUUGAAUCUUCAGAAUUUCAUACACUGGCAUUAGUCAAUAAUGAAACAUUCUAUCAAAUACCACCGAGAAAAACAACACUUGACAAACAAUUCAUUUUCGAACGUGAAGGUGAUCCUAUGAUUGAAACGGGUCUAAUGAAUUUAAUCGAACUCAUUCUUUCGCCGCUUGUUAUUCAGCAUGCAAUGAAUAUUCAAGAAAUAACGACAACUUAUAGUUUGAUAGCCCAGGGAAUUCACGAUCUGGAUUCAUACAAAGUUAAUAAUUUGAAAAAACUUCGUUCAUUUAUUAGCCUUAUUCGUUGUCUCAUAACUCUACUUCCUUCCAAUGCUCUUAACAUUCUCAAAGAUGUUUGUAAGAGUAAUUUCGAUGCAAAAUUUGAUUCAUGUUCAAGUAUUCAUUAUUUUAUUACUCAAUUGCAAGAACGUAUUAAGCGAGAACAAUCACCUGUUGAUGAAACUGCUAUUCAUCGAGCAUUAGUUAAACUUGAACUUGACUUUUUGAAAGAUUUGUUAGCGGAUGAUAUUAAUUCCUAUGGUGAAAUUUUAGCACUUAUAAAUGAUCCGCAAAAUGAUCUUUGGUUUUAUUCAGCUAAAAUCUUUACAGUGAUCGAUAAUACAAUUAAUUUAACAAAAAUAUUGAAAGACAAUCAUGGGAUUCAUCCAUCAAAAAAAGAGUACCAACAAUUGAGUCAAUCUCUUAAAAUACCGCAAAUAUGUACAAGUAAAAUUGAACGAUUAAUGGUCAAUCGGCUUCAUAUGCAUUUUAUGUUAAAUGCUCAAGGAACCGAAAUUGAUCAACAACUUACCGAUGAAUAUGAAUAUUUUAUUAAAAAUUUUGGUAACAUUCAAGAUAUUGAUCAGCUAGAUGGCGUUCAAAAGAUUUCAUUAAUUGCAUGGAUAAAGUAUUAUGCACAAAUGUAUGCAUUUGCAUUAUAUAACGAAAGUAAAGAAGAUAAUGUUUUAGCUGACAUCAAUCAAUUUCUAACCGCUGACAAAACACCAUUAGGUAUGACAAUUAAAUUAUUUAUCAUCAAACAAAUGUUAAAUAUGUGUAAACCUAUGCCCGAUAAUAUACAUGAUAUCUAUGAGUAUCGUAACAUUUAUUGGAUGAAAUCGUUUUUUCAAAGUUCACAAGAUCAGCAAGUAGGUCAUGCUCAUCAAAAUAUCAUUAUCCCGAUGCCUCUGUUUCAAUGUCACGAACAAUACGAACGUAUUCAAAAAGUAUUAGCAAGUAAGGAUAGAGAUAAGCAAUUAACAAAUAUUAUUGGAGAAUGUAAUCAUUCCCAAAAAUUAUCUUAUGCUUUUCUAUGUUGGUUUAUUGAAUACUAUUCUCGUUUUACUGAGCCACAUGUAGCUAAAGACAGUGAGUUUAUUCGAACUAUUGAACGUGAGUUUAGUAGUGAUCUAAUUAAAUCAUUCACACCAUUGGGUCACCGAUUUCUCAUUGACUUAUGCUCGAAUUUUUCGGAGAAAUCCUACUUUCGACUUCAUUCUAAGAUGGCAUCGGAUGAAAUUCAUAGACGUUUAUUGGCUUUGAAUAUCGUCGCUGUUUUUAUUUCUGCCCGAUCGUAUUCAACAAUUACACUUCUUGGUAAUUUUUUGUUCAAUAGGCAACGACAGAUGCCGACCAGUUAUGUUCAGCAUCUCUCGUCUAUCUGCUUACCGGGUUUGACCACCAGCAAUAUAAUUGCCAGCCAAAUGAUGUAUGUUCGCACUCGAGUUCAAGAACGUCUUGAUCAAGAUGCUUAUUCCGUCGAAUAUGGAAAAUUCAUAUUCCAAUGCUCAGAAGAGUGUCCGUGGAUGUUCUUUUUCGAAGAAUGCGGUGCUCCAGUCGUUAAAAGCGUGUGUUCUCUAUGUCAAAAAGCGAUUGGUGCCGAGAAAUAUAAUGCUCUUAUUGCACGCGAUCCUCCUCAACUGCGAAUACCGAUUCCAGAAGCUUUUAAAAAAAUCGACGAGUAUAUUAAAAAAGAAAAUGAAGCUACUCGUUUAGGAUAUCAUACUGUCAAGGAUACAAAUGAGAGUUGUCUAGGUGACAAACCGAAUCAUCUAGAUCGGCCAGUUUCAUUUCGUUUUAUUCAUUUUCUUACUCAUGGUCUUCUUCAUUUUUUGCAUGAUCGAAAUUAUUUGACAGAUGAUGAUUUAAAACAACAUCUCAAAUUACCUACUACAAAUCAUUUUCAGGAUCAUUUCGAAAAAGAUUAUGAUCUUCUCUGUCAAAGUUCAACCGAUCAUAACUCAUGUUAUAUAUGGCUUUAUAAACUUCUCAAUCAUCUUAUUGAUGAUCAAUUCAUUGAAAAAGGUCAAUUAAAUGCAAAUGAAAAUGUUAUUCGAAUUGAAAAGCUCAUCGAAAAAAAUCUUAUUUUUAAACAUAUAGAUUCGAUUGAAAAUGAAAUAACCGAAUAUAAACAAAUUUAUGCCACAUUUAUUCAAAAACAGAAAUCAUUGGAAAGUUUUAUUGAUGAACUUUUCGAAGAUGAGCAACGUUAUCCACUAUUGAAUUUUUUCAAUGUCACUACAUUUCAUACAUCGAAUCCAUUAGAUGAAUUCAUUUUGAAAAUUCAAAAUUUACCCUAUGCGGACAAGACUUAUCCAGUGACCACAUAUCUUCUUAAGCGUCUAGAUGAUUGUAUGAAUAUUCACUAUCUAUAUUCAAUUGUUGUCUUUAUAAAUUAUUUAAUAGAAAAAUUCAAUCAUCGAAUUAAACGAACCGAUGCUAUGAAUAUAAAAAUAAGUUACUAUUUAACACAAGAUGCUGAUCGUGAUAUAACUGGAAAAUUGUUCGAUGAUUUUCUUGAUGCUUGGUAUGCAUUGACAUUGGAAGAAGUUCGUUAUGGAUGUCAAACAUUCAAAUUCAAACGUGAUCUUCCGAAAGAAAAAUACGCUGAGAACACAAGUAUGGCAAUGUUAUUAUUAACAUCAUCGAGAGAUGACACUAUGAUUUUACCAGCAUGUUUAAAAACAAUAGCGGAUUUACAAAAUGAAAUUUUCAAUUAUUUUCAUAAUACUAUUGAAACGACAGCAAGAACGAAGCGAAAACGUGUACCAUUACAGUCGAUUCGUUUGGAACACGUCUUGUCUCUUGAUCGAAAUUUUCUGAGUAGAAAAUUGAUUGACGAUAGUCUUGUUUUAAAUUAUCAAUAUGGAAAAAGUAAAGAUAUUAUUUAUGAUUAUGAAGAAAUUGAAAUUACACUGCGAAAUAUGAUCAGUAAAUUAGUUUUAAUUGAUACAGAUAAAUUAAAUUUGUUGACUUAUCAAUUUGAAUUGUAUGGCAACGAAGCAUCCUUAAUUAAUGAAGUACGUGCUCGUAUAGAACAAGAACCAUUGGCAAGUGAUGAUCGGACAAGAUUGAGUCGUUUAAUUAAGACUAUGAAUCCAGAUGACAUUCUUCAUUAUCUCGGUUCACUUGACAAUAUUUUUACUUAUAUUCGAACCAUAGCCGCAGAAAGGCUAAGGCAAAAUAUGACGGUUCAGUUAUUUAUUGAACAAUUUAUUCGCUCAAAAUCUCGUUUAAACGAUAGUAUUCUACGUUGGACAGAUUUUUCUGCGGUUCAAUUACGAUAUAUAAUUGAUUUCUAUGAAAUGUUUGAAGAAAUUGCAUUUGAUCAAGUCUUGCGUGUUUACAUAAAGAAAGAACUUGCUGGAGAAGCAUUUAAUCCACAAGAGCGAAAACGAAUUAUUGACGCAUUUUGUCGUGCAACAUUUGAAAAAGAAAAAAUCACUGAAAAACUCAAAUCAAUUGAUAUUUGGAUUGCAAUGCUCAAACGAUUGAUAGUACGUAUUUUGAAUGCAAACAUAAGUCUCGAUGUACCAUUACAAAUUUAUCUUGAACGAACGGAUUUAUGGAGUAAUGGUAUUAAUUACGAAGAUCUCUCAACGUUUGAGGUCGAAGAUGAUAUUUUAUUACAACAUACUUAUGUAAUUCUAACUGGUUUGGAAAAUAAGAAAAAAGCAGCCAAUCAAUCGCAACAACCUGGGAUCGAACAAAACGUUCAAACAGUUGAAGGGCAAAGACAAAUAGCUAAUACAUGGUACACUCAAACAGCAAAGGCAACAGCUAGCACUAAAGACAUCAGUGGUAAAAAAGCAUCUGAAAAGAAGGAUCAUUCAUAA